UUUGGCCAAAACAAAAUUUCGAACAAAAUCAAUAAAACGGAAACGUGAGAGAGCGCUGCGCAAAAGAGAAAAGCGAACGCAAUCGCAAUCGACCAACGCAUAGAAGAAAACAAGCCAGCCGCCUGCCAGCCAAAGCCAAGAAUUCCACAUAACAAGAAAACACCUCACACUGCAUUGCCACAUUCCCAAGUAAAGCUGCCAUGAGUUAAGAUCAAGAUGCGAGUCCAGGAUCUGCCGCUUGCCAUCGCUUUAAUCGGCGCUUGUUUGCCGCUAACAGCCGCCUGCUCAUCGCGUGCCAUAGCCAAGCCGCGGCCAACAGCUGCUCCGAUCUUGCCGCCGGACAAUGUGGAGAUAUCCACAACGCCUAGGCCGAAUGUCACCUUUCCGAUCUUCGCCUGUCCACCCACAUAUGCCGCCUGGUAUUGCCUAAACGAUGCCACCUGCUUUACGGUGGAGAUUCAUAAUGAAAUCCUGUAUAAUUGCGAGUGCGCCUUGGGUUUUAUGGGCCCGCGAUGCGAGUACAAGGAGAUCGAUGGCUCCUACCUGCCAACCAGGAAUCGUGUGAUGCUGGAGAAGGCCAGCAUUGUGAGCGGAGCCACGCUGGCCCUGCUGUUCAUGGCCAUGUGCUGUGUGGUCCUGUACCUGCGACACGAGAAGCUGCAGAAGCAAAAGCUGCACGACAGCACCACAACCACAACGACCGACGGUGGCUGUCAGAAUGAGGGAAUGGACGAGGUGGAUGGCUUGCGACCCCUGCGCCCAGUGAGACGCCCCUUUGGCCCCUGCCGCAUCCUAUCGCUCGAGGAGGCUCACCUUCAGGCGGUCGCCUCCAAUCGCCCCCGGCACUGCAACUAACAUUCGCGCCAUCUAAUAAGCCAGGGGCUGCUAAUUUGUUUUUGAAUGUCUAACAUGUCCAAAUGUUUAUUUUAACUGCAUAACAAAACUAUUCUUGCAACCAUCCAAUUAAGAUGACGAAUGCUCUAGUUUUAAGUGCCCACUGACGUGCCUCUAAAAAAUUUAGAUCAAGUAUUAACGAACGAAAACUAAUUGCUCAGAGAGAGAUAAAAAGAAAUCUAGAUGUAAUGCAAUGCAAUUUUGGCAGCUAGCCGCCCAUUUAUUUAUUAUACACCUAAUUUUAUUUAACGCCGCGUGAACUAUUAACGUUAAUAAAAGCGAGAACUAAACAAUAA